AAUAUCACCGAUGUCAGAAGACCCAGAUGACCUGCAGGCCCUUACUCCGAGUCAUUUUCUGCGCGGUGCACCUUUGGUAUUCGCGCCAGAAAUACCGCCUGACAAUUUGUCGUUAUUGAAUCGUUGGGAACGACUGAAAGCACUCCAUCAUAAAUUUGGUCAACGAUGGAAAAAUGAGUACCUUCAGGAGCUACACAAGAGGUACAAAUGGCAGAAUCCACGACGGGAUCUACAGACUGGUGAUUUCGUUAUCAUCAAGGAUGAGCUUCUUCCUCCAUGCGACUGGAGGUUAGGCAGAAUAGAAGCCGUACACGUUGGUCGGGAUAAGCGCGUAAGAGUCGCUGAUGUUAGAACAUCUAGUGGCGUCGUGACCCGACCAAUAGUAAAAUUAUGCAUGCUCCCGUUAUGUGAAAAGUCUGUAGAUUAGUUUGUUCUUGUCCAUACAAUGUCGUGUCUAUGUGUCCAAAGCUAUUUCUUUCGACCUUAAUCUGCCUCUGUUCUUUGUAUUUUAAUCUCAUUCCAGAAUGGAUCCAGCCCAAAACCCAGAGUUGUGCGUUGUGUGUUUCGCAUAUCACCCAUUGAGAUAUUGCAAGAUGUUCCGUAAGUUGACAUUGGAGCAACGACUUUAUGUGGUGAGAACCCAUAAGUAUUGCUCCAAUUGCUUCUCGCGGACUCAUCUAAUAGGGAGCUGUAUCUCAAUGGGUGCAUGCCAAAUAUGUUGCGAUUUGCACCACACAUUGCUGCACCCAAGGACUGCUGCUCAGGGGCCAAGGCAAGGACAACCACGACAGCUGCGCCAACGCGCUCGCAGAAGUCUCCCCAACCCUCCUCAACAGAGAGCUCAACAGCGGUUGGAUGACCUCCGUCAACGCCUACAACAACAGCAGCAGGUUAUCCAACAGCAACAACAACAGCUACAGCAGCAACAACGCCAACGACAACAACGGCAACGACAACAACUACAGCAACAUUCUCAGCGGCAGCCACAACGUCGCCAACAGCAACUGCCCCGACCCCAACAACGACAGCGCCAACAACUUCAACCACAAGCCUUAGCCGUUCCUCAGCCUGCGGCAGCGCCAGCCUCAACCCAGGGGCUGGUCAAUCAAAUUGUUUCAGCCCUCAGCCAGCUGACAGGGUCCACAAUUGCACCAGUGCAAGGAGGCCGGCAUGUCGAAGUCCGGUCAGGCCUCGUUGAAGACGAUUUGAUCGAUCUCCAUGACGAUCUUAUCGACUUCGACGACGGCCUUACCGACCUUGACUGAAGGUCUCCAAACACUUCCUAAAGGCUAUAUUUUAGGAAGUGUUUCGAGGAAGCCGGGCUUGGCGCCGAAGAGGAUCGGCUUAUAUAUUAAAAAAACAUACCGAACGACUCCCGGUCAAAGUGGUUUUUUAAUUAAAUUAAAAAUCAAAAAAAAAAAAUAAACGCACUCCCGGUGCUUUAAUUAAUUUGAAAAAAAUAAAACAAAAAAAAGUGUUUCAAUCCCUCCAACCAACACGUAAGUAGAAAUAAAAUUCUCUAUUUUAUUUA